GUCCACAACGCUCUGAGCAGGUAGAGCGAGCGCGGGCAACAGAGGUAGAGAGAGAAAGAGGGAGAAGAGGGAGGGAGGGAGGAAGUCUUGUCUUUUCACCUGAAGAUUACUUUGUCUCACACUUCUUUCACCCCGAGCGCUGGAAGGAGCAGCGAGGAAGGGAGCAGAGUUGAUCAGGAGGUGCCAGAUCUUGCUCUCUGGUCUUUUUUUUAAUUUAUUUUUUUCCUCUCUUCUGCACCGGGGUCAGCUGGACCUCUUCUCUGCAAAACCCCGGUGAUCAGCAUCCACUGGAAAGACUGAGAAAUACAAACCGGUGCAUCAGGGAGAGAAGACGAAAGAAAAAAGUGAGGAAACUGCAGGAAAAGGCUGCACAGGAAGAGAAGUUUGAAAAUCUUUUGAAGAUGUGCUGAGAAGGGAUUGAGACCCAAUAUUCUCUCACCCCACCUCACAUGAGACAUGACAGGUGGCAGGAGAUUGAAGAUUCAGCUCCUCUGCACCAAAGACGCCAACAGUAGCCAGAGAGAGCCAGGGAACAACUGCAGAAAUUGGAAAAGUUUUUUCAAAUACUACCCUGCUCUUCACAAUGGGAGACCGAUUGCAUCUUCCAGCAGUUGCCAGCAGCGUGCUCCCUGUGGCUCUCUGCAUUUUGACCCUUCUGCCCCACAGCCUUCUGGGUAAGCCCACAGAGGAAGAAAACACAGGCAGCUCAGCAUUGCUCCAGAGGGUAAAGAGAGGCUGGGUGUGGAACCAGUUCUUUGUCCUGGAGGAGUACACCGGACUGGAGCCACUUUAUAUCGGGAAGCUCCACUCAGACAUGGAUAAAGGUGAUGGCUCCAUUAAGUACAUCCUGACAGGCGAGGGCGCAGGCACCACAUUCACCAUCGAUGACAGCACAGGCGACAUCCAUGCCAUUCAGAGGCUGGACCGCGAGGUGAAGGCCCAGUACGCCCUCCGCGCCCAGGCCCGCAACCGCCUGACGGACAGGCCUCUGGAGCCCGAGUCUGAGUUCAUCGUAAAGAUCCAGGACAUCAAUGACAACGAGCCGAGGUUUCUGGAUGGGCCCUAUCAGGCGACUGUACCUGAAAUGUCCAAAAUAGGAACAUCUGUGAUUCAGCUGACCGCUACAGACGCCGAUGACCCCACGUAUGGCAACAGUGCCCGUGUGGUCUACAGCAUCCUGGAGGGCCAGCCUUACUUCUCAGUGGAUGCCAAGACUGGCAUGGUCCGCGUGUCCCUGGCAGACAUGGACCGGGAGACCAGAGAAAACUACACCGUGGUCAUCCAGGCCAAAGACAUGGGCGGCCAGCUGGGGGGGCUCGCCGGUACCACUACAGUCAACAUCACGCUCAGCGACGUCAAUGACAACCCGCCCAUGUUUGACCAGAGGUUGUAUCAGAUGAGCAUCCCAGAGUCGGCUCCUGUGGGCUCAGUGGUGGGGCGUAUCUGGGCAAAGGACAGGGACAUCGGGGUCAACGCUGAGAUGAGGUACAGCAUCAUUGAUGGAGAUGGGAGGGACACCUUUGACAUCAGCACCGACCCCACCAACUUCUUCGGCAUCAUCACAGUGAAAAAGCCACUGAACUUUGAGAGCAAGCCCAGUUAUACUCUGAAGGUGGAGGGUGCCAACACACACCUGGACCCUGCCUUCCGCCACCGCGGGCCCUUCAAGGACGUCACCAUCGUGCACGUGAGCGUGGAGGACGUGGACGAGCCCCCGCAGUUUGACUCGCCGGCGUACUACAUCGAGCUGUCAGAGGACGCCGAGAUCGGGACGGUGGUGAAGACGGUGUCAGCGAGGGACCCUGAUGCUGCCAACAACACUGUGAGGUAUUCCAUUGAGAAGUCUAGUGACCCAGAGAAGUUCUUCUACAUCGAAAUCACUUCCGGGUCGCUGAUGACGGUGCGGUCACUGGACCGAGAGGAGAUCGGCUGGCACAACAUCACCAUCCUCGCCAUGGAGAUGAAUAACCCCACACAGAUCUCCAGCGUGUCAGUGGCUGUGAGGGUCCUGGAUGUGAAUGAUAAUCCUCCCUCGCUGACGCACUACUUGGAGGCUUAUGUGUGUGAAAACGCCAAAGCAGGGCAGCUGAUCCAGACAGUGACGGCGGUGGAUCCAGAUGAGCCGCUGGGUGGACAACACUUCUACUACAGCUUGGCUCCAGAGGCCAUCAACAAUCCCAACUUCACCCUGAGAGACAACCAAGACAACACAGCGUGGAUCCUGACACGACGAGGAGGCUGGUCGCAGCAGGAUCAGACCAUCUUCUACUUGCCCAUCUUCAUCUCUGACGGCGAGCAGCCGGUCCAGACCAGCACCAGCACUUUGACCAUUCGCGUGUGCAGCUGCGACCACGAGGGCAACGUCAUGUCGUGCAAUGCCGAGGCGUACAGCCUGCCCGCGAGCCUCAGUAGAGGGGCACUCAUCGCCAUCUUGGCCUGCAUCUUUGUCCUGCUGGUGAUGAUUCUGCUCAUGCUCUCCCUGCGCACCCAUCGUAAGAAACCCUACCUGUGCGACGAGGAGGAGAAUGUCCACGAGAACAUCGUGCGCUAUGAUGACGAAGGCGGCGGUGAAGAGGACACCGAGGCUUUUGACAUCGCCGCCAUGUGGAACCCUCGUGAAGCACACCACCACCUAGGCAAGAUGAGACAGGACAUGCUGCCUGAGAUCGAGAGCCUGUCGCGUUACGUCCCUCAGGCGUGCGUCAUGGGCGGCGGCGGGGACAGUAACGUUCACGGAUAUGUGCUGGCAAAGCUCCUGGAGGCUGACAUGGACCCGUGCGCCCCACCAUACGACUCCCUGCAGACCUACGCUUACGAGGGAGAAGGCUCGGUUGCCGAGUCGCUCAGCUCGCUCCAGUCGGGGACAUCCAAUACAGACCACGAGUACGACUAUCUCAACGACUGGGGGCCUCGCUUUAAAAAACUGGCAGAGAUGUAUGGCGUGCUGGAGACAAACACUCCUCCAAUGUGGUAGAACAGGAGAACCUUUGUCUUUUUAAUCUGACAAAAAUUACAUCAACAAAAAGAGACCAAAAUAUCAGAGAAGUGACACAAACAGACAAAUCGUGUGCACAAUAAAGCCAGGAUGUGCUCACGUCUGCAUCCAUGACUGUUAGCACUUGAAUUCCUGCCGAAGCCUCGAUUCUCCACAGCCUUGAAGGCCUGAGAUGCCCGCAGCAGCAGCAGCAGCAGCAGCAGCAGCAGUGUGAGCUGGUUUUAAAUCUGCCCCCAGAGACUGAGGCUGGAUUGGCAGCCAUGCUAGGCCCGCAAAGGAACGGCUUCAAAGCACAUGUUAACUCCCCUGCCUGACCCAGCCACAGGCAGAGCCCCUUUGGUUCAAAGUGUUGCGCGAUUUAUGCCAGAGAUGAAAACGAGACUCACAGCAGCACAGGAGACAAACUCUGAAAUGCUGAUCCACUGUUCUGUGCUUUUAAAGACGACCCGAGCCACAACACUGAGGGGGAAAAUGAAAGAGAAAAGUCAUUCCUGUAUUCAGAGAUGUGUUCUUCUUUUGUUUCAUCUGUGGGCAGGUCUUAAUUUAUUUCUUCGUUUCAUGUGCUGUAUUUAUAUUUUUUGCUAACUUAUUUGGGUACUUCAAACCAACACUGUACUUAAACUGCCGCUAUAUGAGGACGUCUUUAAAAGAUCACGUAUAUGUUGUAACAUACAUGAUGUAAAAGCUCUUGUUUUCAGUCUGUGUGAUGACAAGUUCUCUCCAAAUGUCACAUGACAUGCGCAGGAGAUGGCGAAGCUGUAAUCCCAUGUGGGUUUUCCAGGUUGAUAUGUUUAUUGUAUUCUUGUUUUUGUAUAAUUUUUAAGCUUUGUAUUGUAACUAUUUUUUUUCCAAAAAACAUAAAGCAGUUCAUUCAUGAGGAUAUGAGGGAAGCCAAUGUUUGGAUUUAUCCCAGCAGGCGGUCAAAUGUUAAAUAAUAUGUGAAUGUCCUGCGCAUCAUCCCCGAACCUGGACGAGCACACGACCGAGUCGCCUUUCAUUUUGGGAUACACCACCGUGCCCAGCCAGAGUCGGAUGAUUUGUCCUGUUUGAGAUGAUGUGUUGCUUCUGUCACCACACAAGCGUGGCUGAAUCCUCCAUUCCUGUGGACUUCAGAGACAUUGAUAAUCUGCAUCAAGUGCCAAAUGUAAAAUAAAGGACAAAAAAGACGUUUUGGAUGAAAAAAAAUAGAAGAAAUCAGCAAAACAGAAACACCAAAAGAUUUAAAAAAAGGAUUUUACAAACUGGAAGGAAUUGAAGGUACAUUUUGAUAAUUUGAUUGGGUAAAGUUUACUUGAAAUCUAUGUGGUCAGUCAUGCUGCAGUAAGUGGUGUGUGAAUGUAGAUAUUUUUUGUAUUCUUGGUAUAAUAAAAAGGUAAAAACAAUGUUGCUUC